GAUGGGAAGGCAUUGGCCGGGCCCAGCGUUCUAUCAGUAGGUGCUGCUGCCUGCUCCAGAGGCUCUACGCGGUGGCGACCCAGGCUUCCCCGAGUGGACGCCGGGGCCCAGCGGCGCCCGCUUUCCUCAGCUGUGACUUCUUUUGGACAACUCAUGAUAUUUAUUAUUUUGCCAAGUUUCUACAAAUAAAAGAUGGGCGGAUUAUUUUCUCGAUGGAGGGCAAAACCUUCAACAGUAGAAGUUCUAGAAAAUAUAGAUAAGGAAAUUCAAGCAUUGGAAGAAUUUAGAGAAAAAAAUCAGAGAUUGCAAAAAUUAUGGGUUGGAAGAUUAAUUAUCUAUUCUUCAAUUCUUUAUCUGUUUACAUGUUUAAUUGUAUACUUGUGGUAUCUUCCUGAUGAUUUUACAGCAAGACUUGUCAUGACACUCCCAUUUUUUGCUUUUCCUUUGAUCAUCUGGACAUUAAGAACUGUGCUUAUUUUCUUCUUUUCCAAGAGAACAGAGAGAAAUAAUGAAGCAUUGGAUGACUUAAAAUCACAGAAGAAAAAGAUACUUGAAGAAGUCAUGGAAAAAGAAACUUAUAAGACAGCUAAGUUAAUUCUUGAAAGGUUUGAUCCAGACUCAAAGAAAGCAAAGGAGUUUGAGCCGCCAUCUGCUGGAGCAGCUGUAACUGCAAAGCCAGGACAAGAGAUUCGUCAGCGAACUGCAGCUCAAAGAAACCUUUCCCCAGCACCAGCAAGCUCUAGUCAGGGUCCUCCUCCACAAGGUCCAGUAUCUCCUGGGCCAGCAAAGGACGCUUCAGCUCCUGGGGGACCGCCAGAAAGGACUGUUGCUCCAGCCUUGCCCAGGCGCCUUGGAUCCCCUGCUACUUCAGUUCCUGGAAUGGGCCUUCAUCCUCCAGGUCCACCUUUGGCAAGACCCAUUCUCCCCCGAGAACGAGGUGCUCUGGAUAGAAUUGUUGAAUACUUAGUUGGUGAUGGUCCACAGAACAGGUACGCCCUCAUAUGUCAGCAGUGUUUUUCUCACAAUGGCAUGGCUUUGAAGGAAGAAUUUGAAUAUAUUGCUUUUCGAUGUGCCUACUGUUUUUUCUUGAAUCCUGCAAGAAAAACGAGACCUCAAGCUCCCCGGCUUCCAGAGUUUAGUUUUGAGAAGAGGCACGCAGUGGAAGGCUCAAGUUCAACUGGUCCCAUGCUACUAGAAAGUGUGCCCUCAGCAGAAAGCCAGCUCAUUGAAGGAGGAACAAUACCUCAGAUGUCUCAUUUUCUAUCUGAAAUCUCCGGAGUGAAGUCUAACUGGCUCAAAGUCAACCCCAGUAAGACUCUUUAGAAGAACAAGAUGUUCUUGAUAAUAGUACUGAGCAGAGAGAUGACAAAAUACCAGUUACAGAGCAGACAAGCCAAGUGAUUGAAAAAACAUCUGGUCCAGAGGAGCCAGAAGAGAACCAAGAAGAGAUUGAGAACAAGGAAACCUCAACAAAUGAAGCCAAGUCACCUGCUCUCAGAGCCGAUUCUGUUUCUAAUCUUGAACCAAGUGAAGAAUCUUUGGUGACAAAGUAGUAAAUGCUUCCAUGUGCCUUCAACUGGAUAUUUGUAGUCUUGUUGAUGUUAGUUACUGCUUUUUUUGUGGUACUCAAGAAAAAUUUGCCUUCUAGAUAUAUGCUUAAUAUUAUUCAUAUUCAAUUGCCCAGCAAGUUCAGUGUAUCCAAGUUCUACUACUAGGUAUUGACAGUAAAAGCACGAGGUAUCAGUUAAUAUGCAGAGGCAUAGCUGUUAGAUACUUUGUGCAUUCUAAAGUUAAAAAACAUUUUUGUUUUUUACAUGUAUAACUUGUAAAUAAUACCCAUUUUGACAUAGGAACAAAUUUAGCUAGGAAUAAUUUCUUCCAUAGUGUUUAAGGGUUGAAACAUAAUUAAGAUUUUGAAUACUUCAUCAUUAAAUUUUAACUUUGGAGAUAUUUGCCAGUGGGAAGGAAAUAUCUGUUUAGGUGUUUACACCAAGUAAUGCUGAAAGCUAUAACCUUAAUUACAUACACAUUGGUACGAAUUCUCAAUAAGAAUGCAACUAAACAGUCAAGUGCAGUAUUUCUUUUGAUGUCUUUUAUUUUACAACUGGGCCAAAGGCACAUGAUGUAUAUAGUUAAUGUUUACAUAUUAAUAGGAAAUACAUCUGCACUUGACUGUACUUGAAUUCUUGGUAUUAUUUAUAUUUGUAAUAUAAUGAUGAUAUAUAAAUGGUUUUUUUGUGUGUGUGUUUGUGUGUGUGUGUGUUUUGUUAAGGAAAAUAAAGAUGACCUGGCAGCGUUUUUUUCUUUGUUAAAUAUCUAGACUUCCUCACAUACUGUCUUGAUGGAUGACUUGGCUAUCUGAAAAAAAAUCUUGGUAGGGAGAACUUACUGUAUGAUAAGUGUAUAGCAAAUUAUGGUGUUUUUCUUUUCAUUUAGAUUUUCAUAAUCAGUGACAUAAGAGGUUUAGUGUUUCUAAUCAGAAGUUAAAUUUUUCUGAUUUUGAAACAUUAUGAUAUAGGUAGUUUUUAACUUUGAGAGACAAAUAAAUGCAUUUUAUAAAGAUAAGGCAGUUAAAUUUAAUGAAACUAACUAGACUGAGUAUGUAUACCAAGCAUCAGGUGGGAAGAUUUUUGAUGUAGACUAGUUAUUCUUAAACACAAUAUGAUAAUUUGUUCUAGUUUCCUUUUAUGUGUCUUAUGUUGAAACAACUGAAGUGAAUUUACAUCAUAGGGGAGACAUGUUACGAUAGUGUUUCUGGCUAAUCCUUUAGCUAUCAAAUGUUUAAAUAUACUUAUUAUCAUUUAAAAGUUUAUGAUUAAUACCUCAUCUGACAUAUAAAAGAACCCAGUUUGUUAAUAUUCUGAGGCAUUUUAGUGUAGUGCCUGUAUUUCAAGCAUGUGGAACUGGACUUGAAUAUCAGCUUUGCAAUCAUGGGCAUUUCACCUAACCUCUCUACAUUUAUUUAAUCUGUAAAAUAAAAAGAAUAUGUUUUCCAUAGGUACUGAGAAGUUAAAAAUAAUUUAUGUAAUAUGUCUAGCUUUCUUGCUAGAUAAUUAAUAGCUAUUAGGUUACAUGGUAGAAUUUAUUGGUAUUAUUGAAACCCUUGUGAAAUAUGGAAGGAUCAUAGAUCCUUUCUUUGGUAGAUAAUGAAAUUAAAGAAAACUAUGAACACUCAAUUUAUUUGCUUUGAACAGAAAUUUUCUGCAUUAAUGUCAUAUGUACGUGUCAAUGAUAGAUUAAAGAAAUGGAGAACUGAAACUAGAAUAUAAUCUUUUUAUAAAAAGAUGUGUUUAUUUUUAUUUUAUGAGUAUAAAUGUUUGACUUGCAUAAAUGUCUGUGUCCAACCUGUCUUGACAGGUAUCUGUAGAGGCAGAUACCUGGGUCAUUUGAAAUGAUAGUUACAGAUGGCUGUGAGCUAUCUGUGGGUGCUAGGGAUCAAACUUGCCUCAGUCACUACGCCAU